AUGGAGCCAGACUGUGAUUAUGUUCUCAGGAUGAUGUUGCACUCUCUGCCUGCCCUCCGCGUCGACUCCGAUGAUGCAUCGUGGAGGUGUGGAUGGGCCGUUUCAAGGGAGAUCAAGACUAUCGCUGAGCCCAUACCGUUCCUGCUUCUCUUCGCAGCGAUACGCUGGCCCAGCGGUCGGGGCAUCUCGGCUACCAACGUGCACGUCUCACCGAAUGUCGUCGUGGACGGGUAG